CCCAUUCUGAUUGGCUGUGUUCAGGGUGCUGCUGAUGUGGUGUUCCGAAGUUAGCAAACCCGGUCCGCUGAUACAAACAGAUUUGGUAGAAUAAUAACUCCGUUUGGUUGAAAUAAUGCCUCACUAUCAGGUUUGGGAAGAGUUUGCCCGCGCAGCAGAAAAACUGUAUCUGACAGAUCCCAUGAAGGUCAGAGUGGUUCUGAAGUACAGACACUGCGACGGAAACCUUUGCAUCAAAGUGACCGACAAUGCCGUGUGUUUACAGUACAAGACAGACCAGGCCCAGGACGUGAAGAAGAUUGAGAAACUCCACGGAAAACUGAUGAGGCUCAUGGUGUCCAAGGAGACGCACAGUGGUGCCAUGGAGACGGACUAAGAUGCUCUAUAUGCACUGACCUUCUUGUGCACCUGGACUAAGUUCAGUGGACACAGUGGUUGUUGAGAGCACAGUAUCAUCAGAAUGCGAUGUGGAAGCUUAGAGAUGAGGCAGUUGUAAAGAGGGAACAUGGUGAGACUGGUCUAGCUGCCAACACUGAUUUAAUACUGUCAGAGAUGUGAAUACUGUAUAUAUUUUAUUAUCUCAGGAUUUUGUUUUUAAGGUUCUUUCUUAAUCAUCAAAAGUCCCGUUAUCCAGCCUUUCUGUGACUGGCAUUAUGAUCACAUCCCUGAUGGUAUUAAUGUAAGGUAAGAUUAGUUAGAGGCUUCUGGGAAAUUGAAACGUAGAGAUGGAAAAUGAGAGGGGUUGGGGGAAUUUGAGACAAUAUGUAUGGGAAGUAUAAAUCCUCUGCUGCUGUGUGUGCAGCUUUGGCACCUUGAUUUUUUUUUUUUUUUUUUUAAGAGGGGCUUGAAUUUGCUUUGAAAGGGGACAAAAAGGACAGGUGAUGAAGACAAUGAUGUCUUUUCUAUUUACAUCUAUAUAACUAUGUUGGCUUCAGUUUUAGCAGAGCAAUUGGUUUCAUUCUGCUUGGACUUGUACCACAUGAAUGAAGCAGAAUUUUCUGAUUUCCUAACAGCAGUGUUGAGAAAACCCCUGACUUCUAUGAAGAGACCGCACACGUCCAAAUGCCAUUUCAUCAUCUGAGAAUCACUGUUGCAGGUUCAAUAAAUGUUUAUUUACCCCAGUACA